CGCGCCCCUGACCAUAUUUUCCCGCUCCAACGACAAAAACCCUAAUCGCGAGAAAUGGGGACGAAGCACCAAUCGUCUUCUUCGUCUGACCCCAAGAAGAGACGCCGCGUUGGAUUCUCGAAAAUCGAUGCUGGGGUUGAAGCUGGUGAUUGCAUUUCUAUAUACUUAGUAUCCAAACAAGAGGAGGUUGGCUCUACAAGUAGUUUCCAGCUUGAGACAGUUGAUUUAAAUACUUUUUUUAAUGAUGAUGGCAGAAUUUUUGGUUAUCAGAGCUUGAAGAUUACUAUUUGGGUUAACACAAUAUCUUUUCAUGCAUAUGCGGAUAUUUCAUUUGAGAGUUCAUAUGAUGGAGGCCGAGGGAUCACAGAUCUGAAGCCUGCGCUUCAGAAUAUUUUUGGUGAGAAUCUUGUUGAGGAAAAAGAUGUGUUCCUUCAAACCUUCAAAGCAGAAAGACAUUACAUAAAAUCUCUUGUCUCAAAUGCGGAAUCGUUGCAAUAUGAAACUUCAAAUGAAGACCAAGCUGUUUCACAUGCUAAGGCAUUCCGCAUUGUUGGAGAACCUCUUGGGAUUUUUUACUGUCGACUGGUGCCUCUUGUGCUUCUCCUAGUUGAGGGGAGCAACCCUAUUGAUGUUAAUGAUCCAAGAUGGGAAAUAUAUCUUUCUGUCAAGAGCUCCAAUCCCGAGGAGGAUGAUCAUAUUCAGUUGCUCGGUUUUGCUGCUGUUUACAGGUUUCAUCAUUAUCCUGAUGGUGCACGCUUGAGGCUUGGGCAGAUACUAGUGUUACCCCAGUACCAGCACAAGGGCUAUGGUUGCAACCUUAUCAAGGUGCUCAACAGUGUCGCAACACGCGAAAAUGUUUAUGACCUGACUGUUGAGGAACCAGACGACUCUUUCCAACAUGUUAGAACAUGCAUUGAUAUUGAGCGUUUACUUGCCUUUGAUCCAGUUAAGUGCGCACUAGACUCCGAUGUCUCGCGUUUAAAGCACGAAGGAAAUGCUUCUAAAAGGAGCGUUGGGGAUGUAUUUAGGCUCCGUCUGCCAGCUAAAGUUGUUGAGGAUGUCAGGAAAGCUCUGAAAAUAAACAAAAGACAAUUGAUGCAGUGCUGGGAAAUUCUCAUCUAUCUCCACUUGGAUCCAACUGUUGCAAAACACAUGGAUGUGUAUAGAGCCGUGAUUGCGGACAGAGUAAAAGGUGAUUUCAUUGGGAGAGAUUCCCAAGUCGGUGGAAAGCGAGUCGUUGAUGUUGCAACAGAGUAUGAUGAGGACACAUCAUUUGUGAUGUUCAAGUCUCAGGUUGGCGGCAUAGAGAAAGAGGAGAAACAAGAUAAUCUGGAGGAGCAGCUGGAGAAACUCCUUGAUGAAAGGAUGAAACAGAUCAGGUCAACUGCAGAAAAGGUUUCAGCAAUUCUCCACAUAUGAGAAUGGGGAGAGCACCUCAGCUUGCUUUACAAAUUGCAUCUUCUUCCAUGGAUUGGGGCCUCAUUGCUUGCCCUUAGCCUCCGAAUUAAUUCUUCCGAAACGGUACUUAAAAACUAACUUAGCUUUACCAUUUCAUUGUUAAGAGAGCUUAGAAUUCCAUUGAUAGAGUUUUAAUUGUUGCUGGGGUUGAUGAUGCCCUUUUGGUGAACCGUUCUGAAAAGUUUAGUUCAUGUUGUUGUUAUUGCCUCCGUGAAUACUACCGACUUUUAAGUUUUAAAUACGUAUUAAGAGUUUGUUCU